AUGGCGUUGUCUGCAAUCGGUUUCGAAGGUUACGAGAAACGGCUCGAGGUCUCUUUCUUUGAGCCAAGCAUCUUUCAAGACUCCAAGGGACUGGGUCUCCGUGCUCUCUCCAAGUCCCAGUUGGACGAAAUCCUCACUCCUGCUGCAUGCACGAUCGUUUCCUCUCUCUCCAACGAUCAGUUGGACUCUUACGUCCUCUCCGAGUCCAGCUUCUUUGUCUACCCAUACAAAGUCAUCAUCAAGACUUGCGGCACCACCAAGCUACUCCUCUCUAUUCCGCCGCUUCUAAAGCUGGCCGGGGAGCUCUCUCUUAGUGUCAAGUCUGUCAAGUACACUCGUGGCUCCUUCCUCUGCCCUGGAGGCCAGCCUUUUCCCCACCGGAGCUUCUCUGAAGAAGUCUCUGUUCUCGAUGGGCACUUUUCUCAGCUGGGCUUGAACAGCGUAGCCUACUUGAUGGGCAAUGAUGAUGAGACUAAGAAAUGGCACGUCUACGCCGCCUCUGCCCAAGGCUCCAGCAACUGCAACAACAAUGUCUACACGCUCGAGAUGUGCAUGACUGGUCUAGACAGAGAGAAGGCGGCUGUCUUCUACAAGGAUGAAUCUGACAAGAACGGAUCCAUGACUGACAACUCUGGAAUCAGAAAGAUCCUCCCCAAGUCCCAGAUCUGCGACUUUGAGUUCGAGCCCUGUGGCUACUCUAUGAACUCCAUUGAAGGCGACGCAAUCUCCACUAUCCAUGUGACCCCUGAGGAUGGGUUCAGCUACGCCAGCUUCGAAGCCGUGGGUUAUGAGUUCAACACUGUUGACCUGAGCCAGCUGGUGGCAAGGGUUCUGUCUUGCUUUGAGCCAAAGCAAUUCUCUGUGGCUGUGCACUCGAGCGUUGGGGUGAACGCGUACAAGCCAGAGAUCAGUGUAGACUUGGAAGACUAUGGGUGCAGAGAGAGAACAUUUGAGUCUCUAGGAGAAGAGAGUGGAACUGUCAUGUAUCAGACGUUUGAGAAGCUUUCGAAGUACUGUGGAUCGCCUAGAUCUACCUUGAAGUGUGAAUGGAGCAGCAACAACAGCUGCAGCAGCGAGGACGAGAAGGACGAGGGAAUCUAG